AUGAGUCAGAUGGUGACGAAUAUAAUCAACGAGGAUGAAACAGGCUAUAUCCUAAAAGAGAAACUUGAGGCUCGUUUGCACUUGAUAUUUCGCUAUCCCAUCAAGGUUGAGCAUAUCAAUGGCCGAUACCGUUUUGUAGCGCCCAGGAAAGUGGCUCCGGGAAUAAGACCAUAUCUGCGCUAUCCGGCUUUUAUUUCUGACUCAGAAAAAUGCAAUAUCUACGUAUUCGACAAUACGCUCAAUGGGGUGGCUCAUACAUUCACCAACAGUGAAAUAUUUGAAUCCUACAUCGCAAACACCCAGAAGCCUAGCGGUCGGAUAAUUUCAAUAUGCUGUCAGAACUCUCUACAACCUCUACGCAUUACUGAGCAGGCAUGGCGCAAACUUAUGAGCGAGUACGACCUGGAUCCCUCUUUAUUCGAACUCGCUCUUUCGUUUGGAGAUAAGCCACGGAGCUCUGAUGCUGGCCUUGGGGCAUUAAGCGUGCAUCAGAAGGAAAAUGGCGCGUUCGACAUGCACUAUCUCAUUACAUAUGCAGAAGAUACCAUCAGAGGAGGCAUAUCGUCCUGGAAAAUCCGCCAAACUUGUGUUUUCCAUCGCCACGACCCGUCAGGUUCCGGAAGCCUUUGGGUUUUGCUUCAUGCAAACGCGGAAUCGCCGCUACAGAAACGCAUAGAGCAUAUCAUCGCGACAAGCCCGGCCGCCCUGCUUGGACAAUGGUUUUCUAUGCAUCUGCUGGCUCUGUCUACCUAUCUAGGCGGCUGGCGCUGGUACAUUCGGAGUCUGGGCGACGAGAUCGAGAAGACUGUCGAUAUAGCACUUACUCUUGAUUUCUCGAAACCUCGGCCAGACGACCACAUGCAGGGCCUUGUCCAUCUUCUCAAACAACAAUACCUGGGUGAUAGGAUCCUCCCACUGGCGUCUAGACUGCGCAGUACACUGGUGACGCUGCGCCAACUGGAAAAGAUGAAUUCACUCCUCCAUUCGGACACGUCUACCGACGCUGCAUUCCAGACUGUCGUGGACAAACUGACGUAUCAUAUAACGUCUCUAGAAGGGAAUUUAGAAGGAAUUAACGUGCUAGAACGAAAGAUUCGAGCGAUAUCUGAUCUGCUGGCGGUUUCCCUGACAGUGGAGAACCAAGCCGUGACGAUAGACAUUAACAACAAAAUGCUGGAUCUUAAUCAGAAGCUUCUCAGGCUCACUGACGAGUCUUUGAAAGGGAAUACUACCGUUAAAACUGUUACUUUGGUAACUUUGAUAUACCUCCCAGCUAGCUUUGUCUCUACCCUUCUUGGAAUGAACCUAUUUGACUACAGCAAAACGGGAAGUUUCGAGAUAUCACCCCAGUUUUGGAUCUUUGUUGUGAUUGCGGUGCCGUUGACCGCGGUGACUGUAGGAUCAUGGUAUUGGUUCAGUCGGCGAAAAGAACGAUCGAAAGACCUAAAUCGCACACCAGAGAUUGGUGCAUGA